AGACGGAGCAACUAAACGGAGCACAUCCAGAAACUGCCAGAAACCUAACCUCGAAAUGUGGCCGCGAUCACGGACUCGAGCACAAGCAAUUUUCGAGGCCAUUUAACCUUUCCAGCACGCGUGUGUUUUAGUACGAGUGGCAAUUAUCGUGACAUUUGACGCGUGCUUCUGUACGUCAGACGUUUACCGUCCUCGAGUUCUCUUGGCGAUUGUCGCGUGUACAGAUUGUCGGUCUGCUGCACAAAUAACCCAAUCCGGAAUUGAGUUCGCAUGUUUCACGUGUGCCGCGAACAAGGGUUGAAAUAUAAAUAUAAUUCUGAGUUCAACAAGGUAAAUCAUGGAGUCUUUAUCGAGACGUACAUGACGAAGCACAACGCUUUCUCGGACUUUCUAUAUUUGAAAAGAAAUUGAAGGAAUCAAUGAAGAAGAACGAUUCUUCAGAGUCGACCCAAUCGAGAGAUGAGAAUGAGAAAGAAAAAUGUCCUAGUUAUGAUAUCGAUGAUAUACAGGACAAAAUAAAGAAAGUGGACGUGAAAACGUCUUCACCUACGAGUCUAUUGGCCAGGAGUACUUUAACGUUACCUACUGGUGUCGUUAAGCCCAUUCAAAGCGAGCAAAUGAAAGCAAAAACCAAGACAAUGCCAUCGUCCGGAUCUGCUACUGGAAACCCACAGAAUAAGACGGCCUUGGCACCGGGGCAUAGUUUGAUGGAUUGGAUCCGUUUGGGUAAUUCGGGAAUCGAUUUAACUGGAGUCGGUGGUGUACCACAAGUCGUGACCUUAUCCGAGCUUGCUAAUCAUAACAAGCAAACCGAUGCUUGGAUUGCAAUCCGAGGAGUGGUAUUCAACGUUACACGUUAUAUGGAUUUUCAUCCAGGAGGAGUUGAUGAAUUAAUGAGAGGUGUCGGCAAAGACGCCACGAAAUUAUUCGACAACGUGCACUCUUGGGUGAAUUAUCAAAGUAUUUUGCAAAAAUGCAUCGUAGGCAGAUUAAGUCGUGGGAUUUCCUCCGCAUCGAGCACUUCCUCAAUAACGGAAAAGUCGAACAAUUGUUUGCCCGUGACAUUGGGUCGAAAUAUACGUUCUACUGUACAAAAGGCAGUUGAUGAAAACUCAUCGAAUUCGCCUAAUGUGAAUAUGGAUUGGCGGCAAACAUCUAAUUCUAUUACAGUCUUUUAUCAAGGUGUACGCGACUAUCUAGGUGUAUAUUACCGAUUACAAAGGUUGAGUGACUCAAAAAUCAUCUUCAGGUUAAUUUUUGAAAAACACAUUAUCAUCCAUGAGAUCGAAUUAAUCGCAGAUGUGGAAUGGCCGCCAAUAUAUAAAAGAGAUUUCGAGACAAUGCAGGUAGACUUUACGUUUACAAAAAAGCUUAAAGAUAUUUGGAAAUCUCAGGGAAAUCAUACAUUAUCGCAAGAAUCAAUCACAAACAAACGCACGUACAGAGAGUACGAAGUACUCAGUAAUACACCUCUUUGCAAACUAGUUCAUUUCUUAGUUUUACGUGCGAAAGAUUUUCUAGAAGUAAUUCCUGUUGGGAAACACAUAGAAGUCAAAAUGAACAUAAUGGGAAUGGAAAUAUCAAGGUCAUAUACUCCUGUCCCACCGUGCCUUCAUCCUGAAGAUAUGGCGCCAAAUUACAAGCCUGAUUGCAUUUGCUUGAUGAUAAAGCGAUAUCCGAAUGGUACACUUAGUCCGUCCAUUACUAAAUUACAACCUGGCCAAACUCUUAUAAUGAGCAAUGGUUUAGGUGCCUUUGUAACCGAAUCUUUCGAUCGGUAUCCUGUUAUUCACAUGCUGGCAGGUGGAACGGGUUUAACCGCGAUGUUAGGAAUAAUUCAGCGAGCUUUAGCGAGGCGCAGUGUAAAAUUAAUCAAUCUUCUAAAUUUUAAUAAGGAUGAAGACAAUAUGUUUUAUGUGAAGCAACUUGACAGAGUAUCUGCAGAAAAGAAGUUCAAAGUUACACAUGUCCUUUCACAAGCAGGAGAUAAAUGGGAAGGUAGACGCGGUACAGUAUCCGAUAAAUUACUGAAAGAAUUGAUUGGCGAGUGUUCACCAGAAGGAUGCAUAUUUACGUGUGGACCAAAAGGAUUUAUGUUAUCCGUGAAAAAGUGUAUUCAAACACUCGGUUGGAAAUCUCACCAAAUGUAUGAUUUCGACGAUUAAUCGUCUGUGCUGAAAGUAUACGUGCCAUAUAUAUGUUUCCUUUCCUUUUAGAGAGUGUUUAGAGAGCCUAAUAAGAUGAAACUCGUACCUGUCGAACCACAUUUAGUUAAAUAUUUGGUGCUUUCCAGCAAGAGAAACAAUGUAACACAGUGAUAGUUUCAUCUUUAUUUAACAUUGACAAACAUCGAAGAUACAACGAUUCACUGUGUUACACUGUGUCAUCUGUGUUUUUUGCUGGAAAGCAUCCAUUAGUACAGAUGUUCUGUGAUAGCUGUGUGAACUGUCAUGAUGUAUCUAUCAAGGCGUAUUUUUCUGGAAUUAUGAAAAUUUUUAAGCACUUUUACUCCCAUUUCCGCCCAUAACAAUGCAUUCUAGCUGCGAUAAAUUGUAAUACUGUCCGUAAAGUAGAUAUAUAUAUGUACUUUUGCAACCAGGUAAUAUGGCAACCCGAAAAUAAAAGCGAACCUGUAUUGCGCGAUUUAGAUGCGAAAAUGACAUAUGCCUCACAAUAUAUGAAAAAUCUGAUCUAUACAGUUCUAUUGAAAACAUUCUAUUGAAAACAAGUAUAUUGAAAAUAUCUACAUGUUUUAUUACAGAGAAAAUGUUGAUUGAAAAACUGUCUUUUCAUGCAGACUACCAUAUAAU